UUUCGCCACUGGAGGAUGGGGUUUAUCUAAUAAUUUUAUCACUGGACACGAUAUGAUAUAAAUAGUUACAUGUAUGUGUUAAUAGAUGAUGAAUGAAACAUAAGUAGAAAAUGAAACUGUUAUUUGGUAAUUUUAUUCUAAUUGGACUUCUUCUUCAAGUUGAAGGAGAAAACUUUGUGUUUGUUGGCAAAAAUAGAACAUGCAUUCUGCUUGAUAUAGAUGCGACAUUCAACUUAACAUAUACAGAUGGAAACGAAACGGAGACAGCUGAGUUUGACCUAAGUGGUGCCACCGUUGUCAACCGAUCUAGUUUAUGCGGUGAUUCUCUCUUCAAGUCCAACUCCAUCUUGAUGGUUCGUCUUUUUCCAUCAGGAGAAGAAUUACAGUUUACCUUCCAGAGACAGUUUGGAGAAAUACGCAUGCGCGUUGCCCUAUAUUUAAGACCUGAAAAACAUUUCAAGAAUGUAAAUAAUACAUUACCAAUUGAAAUGAAAGACUACAAUGAUUUACAUGUUGGACAUGUGUCAACCAGCAAUUAUUCCUACGAAUGCCAUUCAGAACAAGAUUUAUUCUUCUUGUUUAACAGUCCAUUUCUUAUGACAAUGGCAAUAUCAGACAUUCGAGCACAAGCUUACAAUAUUACCAAAGAUUCGUUUGGUCCAGCAAUAGAAUGUGAGCAGGAUCCCACGACAACACCUAGCAAUCCAACAUCAACAGAGCCCUCUAACGUUACCAUAACAACUGAACAUAUACCGGAAACAACAACAGUCGAACCGGAAAACGCUACGACCCAUAUCCCAACAAGUGAAACACCAAUACAAACAACAACAGAACCUAGCGUAGAAUCAACAACGAAACCGCACCAUGAAACCAGUAUUUCCACGGCACAAACAACAACAGAACCUAGCGUAGAAACAACAACAAAACCUCACACUGAAACCAGUAUUUCCACGGCACAAACAACGACAGGACCGGAACCAGCAGUGCCGAAGUAUGUAGUAAAGAAUAAAAAUAUUGUGUGCAUUGUUCUGGAAGGAAACCUAACGUUUGAAAUUAACUACCAGAAAAAAGAUAAUACGGUAGGGACGGCACGAGUUUCUGUACCUUAUAAUGCGGACACAGAAGGAAAUUGUCACUUGAAUAACACUGCACAAGAAAUAACGCUUACAUUUUUCGAUCCAGCUUGGGUUGUAGAUAUUGUCAUUAUGAAAGACACUCAGGUUGAUGGAGAAAAUACACUUUCAGCAGGCGGAAAUGCAUACACAUGGAAGAAGCUGAAACUAUCGUAUGUGGUUGACCCACAUUUUAUCAACGCAAAGAAUCCAGGUACGCCAGGAAGUGCUGAUACGUAUGGUGCAUUUGGAAGCCUUAAAGGAAAUACUGAUGGAUCAUUUAAAUGUAAGGCCGAGCAAACCUUUAACGUCGGAAAGGAUGUAAAACUAAAACUCAGUAAAAUGCAGUAUAGAGCAUUUGGAAACACAAACUCCACAGAUUUCACAAAUAAAGACGUGUUGGAAUGUGACGCCGAUACCAAUAAUAACGAUAGUGGAACGGAUAACUCAAAGCUUGGUAUUGUGCUAGGCUGUGUGUUUGGUGGUCUGGCUGUUCUUAUUCUUACUGCAGGCGGUAUUUGGUACUACAGGAAGAGAAAAAGUCGCAGUUACGAACAUCUGUAAUGGAUUUCGUAUGCAGAAUAGUAGUAUGAACAAUAAAGAUUCAUUUUUCUUGCAUACCUUAUUCUUCAAAAAAAAAGUAGAAAAAAAUGUUGUUUCUUUAUUUUACGCACUAUUUUAUUGUAUAAACGUAUGAAUAUACGCAUUAUUUGAUAAUUUAUAGCCAGAGAGUCAUGUUACUUUUUUAGAUGAAAGAAGACGAGAUUUUCAAGCACCAAGUAUAACAUGGGGAAAAAGACUGUCUAUUUAGCUUGCCUUACACCGAGGGUCUCGUGCUAUCAUUUAUGAAUGAAUAUGUACAUUUACUAUGCAUAUUGUGUGAAAAGAAUAAAGCGUUUUUUUUUAUAUAAACAACA